CUCCCCUCCUUCACAGCCAUCGAAAUUCCCCGUCCCCAAAUCGACCGAGCGAAUCCCUCCCGACCUCUAGCCACCGCGAACCCAAGCAGCCGCACCGAUGGCCCCCAAGGCGGAGAAGAAGCCGGCGGCGAAGAAGCCUGCGGAGGAGGAGCCCGCGGCGGAGAAGGCGGAGAAGACCCCGGCGGGGAAGAAGCCCAAGGCCGAGAAGCGGCUCCCCGCGGGCAAGUCCGCCGGCAAGGAGGGCGGCGAGGGCAAGAAGGGGAAGAAGAAGGCGAAGAAGUCGGUGGAGACCUACAAGAUCUACAUCUUCAAGGUGCUGAAGCAGGUGCACCCUGACAUCGGCAUUUCCUCCAAGGCCAUGUCCAUCAUGAACUCGUUCAUCAACGACAUCUUCGAGAAGCUCGCCGGCGAGGCCGCCAAGCUCGCGCGCUACAACAAGAAGCCCACCAUCACCUCCCGCGAGAUCCAGACCUCGGUGCGCCUCGUCCUCCCCGGCGAGCUCGCCAAGCACGCCGUCUCCGAGGGCACCAAGGCCGUCACCAAGUUCACCUCAUCUUAGGUUGGUGGUAGUAGUAGCCGAGUGGUGUUGGUAGAUGUGGCUCAGUUUAUCCGGUAGGGCUAGUAGUAGUUGAUGAAGCUACAAACGGAUGGAUAAUGCUCUGUGUGUACUUAAUUGCGGAAUGAAUUGUGUUAAUGCUUUUGAAACACUGGGAAUGUUCAUGGUGUUUGCUCUAUAUGUGAUUUCUGUCAGGAUGGGAGGCUCUUACUGUGUUGGCUGACGGUAAGCGCCUGGCAGUGAACUGAUAAUUAUAUGCACAAAGUUGUAUACCAAUUUCUGGAUAA